AUGAUUUUCCUUAUAUAAGUCGUUGUGGUUUGGAACGAAACUACCUGAGAUGUGAUGACCGACCCAUAGUAUUCACUGACUUCCAAAACGACGGGAAAGCUCUGCGUAUUGGACAAUCAGCAAGGACUUAUCCGUUCGAGCCUACUUCUUUGUCAAUGCUGAGCAAUGGGCGUCUAUAUCACAAUUCGCCCUUUUGUGAUUACGCUUUGAUAAUGUCCAAAACGGCAGAUAGGCUGUUUCCGCUCUUCACAUUUGACGAACAUGGAUAUCCGAUAGUAUUUCGAUGGAAAGGUGAAGUUUAUACGUUAAAUAAUGAGAUACGAAAGAUGAAUAAAUAUGUCAUUUUGGCAGAAGAAAUAUCACGAAUGAGUGCGCCGGGAGCUCCAAAGAAGCAUAGACAUUCAAAUGACUACGGCGCGUCAACUUCUACACAGAAGCUUUCAAAUAACGAGUUGUUUGUUACUGUGUAGCU